AUGCGAUCUUCUGCUGUCCUCACACUGACCACGCUUAGCUCCAUUGCUUGUAGCUAUGAGCUCCCCGCGAAAUUAAAGUCUCUUUAUGACAAACACCAGUCUGGGCCUUGCUCAAACAAGCUGUCCGGCACCUUUAAAGGCGGCGCUUCUUACUGCGGCGAUAUCCCCAAUGCCAUCUUCCUCAAGGGCAAUGGCACCUACGACAACAUGGAUAUUGACUGCGACGGUGUCAACAGAAGCGCGGGUGCUUGCGCCAACGACCAGACUGGCCAGGACCAGACGGCUUUCAUGGACACGGUCAAGACCUAUGGUAUUCCAGAUCUUGACGCCAAUGUCCAUCCCUAUGUCGUCUUUGGUAACGCCGAGGCGGAUCCGUCCUUUGUCCCCCAAGACCAUGGCAUUGAGCCUCUUUCUGUAAUGGCCGUUAUUUGCAAUGACCAAGUGCAUUAUGGAGUCUGGGGCGACGUCAACGGCGGUGUUCUCACCGGCGAAGCUUCUCUGUCCAUGGCCAAGUUGUGCUUCCCCGAUGAGCCUCUUUCGGGCGACAAUGGCCACGACGCCAAGGACGUCAUGUACAUUGCAUUCACGGGUAAUGAUACCGUCCCUGGGAAAGACGGUGCGGACUGGAGCGCAAAGAACACUGAGGAUUUUGCCAAGAGCAUCAAGUGCCUCGGUGACAAGCUGGUCGAUGGCUUGUAA